UCUGAUCAUUCCGUCAAGAUGAUGAUGAGAGUGGGAGUGUUAGCGGCGGCAUUGCUUUGCUUUAAUGCCAUUGUGGGGAGAGUGGUUGUUGCUAGAAAUUUGGGAGUUGAGGAUUCCAAGUUCUUUUGGAGUGGUAAUAAUGGCGGCGGAAUAGGCGGUGGGUUUGGGGGAGGAGUCAGCGGCGGCGGCGGCGGGGGGUUUGGUGUUGGCGGAGGAGUAAGCGGCGGAGUAGGCGGCAAGGGUGGGGGGAUUGGAGGCGGAAUAGGCGGUGGGUUUGGGAAAGGCGGUGGCGGAGGAGAAGGAGGCGGUGGCAUUGGAAGCGGAGAAAAUGGCGGUGGAGAUAUAGGAGGCGGCGCCGGGGGAGGGUUAGGAAAGGGCGGCGGCAUUGGUGGGGAAAUAGGUAAAGGCGGCGGGAUAGGCGGUGGAUUUGGAGGAGGAUUUGGUAAAGGCGGCAUGUUGAGUGGCGGUGUAGGGGGGAGUGUAGGGUGGGGUAUACAUAAAGGCGGCGGCGGAAUUGGUGGUGGAUUUGGCGGAGGAAUCGGAGGGAGUAUUAGCAAAGGCGGCGGCGGAGAAUUUGGAGGAGGAGCUAGCGGCGGCAUUGGCGGCGGAGUCGGUGGAGGUUUUGGCGGUGGAAUGGGAGGCGGCGGCGGCGGCGGUUGGCUCGGAGCUGAAGAUAGUAAUACGUUUGGGCAUCACUAAAAUUUUCUAUCGGUCGUCGGUGCAUGCAUGGAUCGGAUGAAGCCACGCACGUAGAAUGCAUGGCAACUUUUACUUACCACAAUCACAAGCAAAUUUACCAUUUAUUGUCAGUUAAUUUUCUAAUUUGUUACCAUAAAUGAAAUGAAAAGUCUUUUCAUGUUAGUCAGUCUAUCAUUCCCCAGUCCGCUUUUUUUCUGUGUGUGUUUGUUUGUUUAGUUAGGAGUAUAAGUCAAUUAUAAUUAUUUCAAUAAAAGUUAUAUUUUUCUCGUA